CAACCAUGGAAACAGGGGGGGUGCAAACAGAGGUAGGGGAAGGGGCCCUGGCCCUAACUCUUGAUGAAGGUACUCUGUUGGAACUUUAGGGGGCUUAAUAGGCCCUCUAAACAAAACUUUUUAUGUAAAUAUAUUUUGGAUCUUGGCGUGCACUUAAGCUGUAUUUUGGAAACCGAAAUGUCUGAAGCCAAGUUUAAACUUUUCCUCCACAACAAACUCCCUUCCUGGUCUUCAACUGAUAAUUUUGCUAUGAUUGAUGAUGGGAGAAUGGCUGUUAUAUGGAACCCACUUUUUGUUACUUGUACUGUUCUGGAUGUUGGAGAUCAAUUUAUCCAUUGCAGAAUUUUGUGUAAUGUUUCCCAGAAAUGCUUCCACAUUACAUUUGUUUUUGCCCUAUACAAUGUAACUGUUAAAAGACAAUUAUGGGAAACAAUUUCUGAUUUUGCUGUAAAUAUUAAGACCCCUUGGGCCAUUAUGGGGGAUUUUAACUCAGUUCUGAACUCCAGUGAGAGAUUAAACUGCCACACCUAUGCUUAUGAUAUGACUGAUCUGUUGCACUCUAGGCUUAAUAAUGAUUUAAUAGAUGCCAAGUCUACUUGUACUCACUUCACUUGGAACAAAGAGAACAAAUGGGCCAAAUUGGACAGGGUGAUGGUGAACUGUGAAUGGGAGGCUCUACAGUGGGAUUGCUGGGCUGAAUUUAAGCCCAUGGAGUUCCAAUCUGACCACUGUCCUGUUCUGCUCCACCUCAUCCAAUCCUCCACCAAUGGCCCUAAACCCUUCAAAUUCUUCAUCAUGUGGCUUAAACAUGAUUCUUUUGAUAAUACUUUGAAGCAUGUAUGGGACAUGAGGUUUAAUGGUACUAGAGAGUUUAGACUCUGCAGAAAACUGAAGUUGCUGAAACAUCCUCUCAAACAGUUGAACAACAAGGAUUUCGCACAUAUCUCUUCCAGGGCUGAAGAGGCUAGAAAAUCCUAUACUGACCUCAUGGAUAAGCUUUACAAGGACCCUGAUAACUUGGAGCUACUCCAGCUUGUUGCUAUUACCAGGAAGAAAGCCUCUUUUUACUCUGAUGCAAAAAGAUCCUUUUUCCAACAAAAGGUGAAGUGUAACUUUAUUAAUGAAGGGGAUAAAUGCACAAAAUUCUUCCAUGCAAUGGUGAAGAAGCAAAGUGUGUUAAAUGCUAUCCCUGUUUUGCUUACAUCCCAAGGAACUACUACUACUUCUCUGGAGGCUAUUGUUGAGGAAUUCAUUCGGUACUACAAUCAGAUUUUUGGUAAUACGGUCCCUACUACCCUAGUGGAUUGGAAUGUCUUUAAAGAGGGACCCCUAAUCCAACACCAGGAUGCAAUUGAUUUGGUCAGGAAUGUGGAUAGAACUGAAGUCAAAGAAGCCCUAUUCAGCAUUGGUUAUGAUAAGGCCCUAGGCACUGCUGCCUUCUUCAAGAAGAAAUGGGAUAUUGUUGGUGAUACUGUUUUUAAAGCUGUUUCUGAGUUCUUUUUGAGUGGGAGACUACUUAAGCAGAUUAAUCAUGCCUUGGUUGUCCUCAUUCCUAAGGUCAGGGAGAACCCUAGUGCUAAAGAUUAUAGACCCAUAGCAUGUUCUAAUGUGGUCUAUAAAAUAAUCACCAAAAUCCUAUCCAACAGAAUGGCUAGACUGCUUCCUAGCCUCCUUAAUCCUGCCCAAGCUGCUUCCAUUAAGGGCAGGAGCAUUGUGGACAAUAUUCUUUUGGUACAUCACCUGGUUAGGGGGUAUGCUAGAAAGAGAUCACCCCCUUGCUGUACGCUAAAGCUGGACAUCUCAAAAGCAUAUGACAAAAUCUCAUGGGAUUUCUUGAGGAAUACACUUCAGGGAAUUGGCUUCCCUCCCACCUUUGUGAAAUGGGUCAUGGAGUGUGUUACCACUGCAUCCUUCUCACUUUCUAUUAAUGGAGGCUUGCAUGGCUUCAUUAAAUGCAAAAGAGGUAUUAGACAGGGUGACCCCAUGGCCCCAACUCUGUUUCUUUUCUGCAUGGAAUACCUCUCAAGGAUGAUCAGGAGAAUGCUAUAUGGGAGCAGAUUCACUUUCCAUAACAGGUGCUCCAAACUGGGUAUUACUCAUGUUACUUUUGCUGAUGAUGUGAUGAUGUUUUGCAAGGGAAAUGUGGAUUCUGUCAAUGUUUUGGCAAAAGCUAUUAAAAUCUUCUCCCAAGGAACUACUACUACUUCUAUGGAGGCUAUUGUUGAGGAAUUCAUUGGUUACUACAAUCAGAUUUUUGGUAAUACAGUCCCUACUACCCCAGUGGAUUGGAAUGUCUUUAAAGAGGGACCCCUAAUCCAACACCAGGAUGCAAUUGAUUUGGUCAGGAAUGUGGAUAGAACUGAAGUCAAAGAAGCCCUAUUCAGCAUUGGUUAUGAUAAGGCCCUAGGCCCUGAUGGUUAUACUGCUGCCUUCUUCAAGAAGAAAUGGGAUAUUGUUGGUGAUACUGUUUUUGAAGCUGUUUCUGAGUUCUUUUUGAGUGGGAGACUACUUAAGCAGAUUAAUCAUGCCUUGGUUGUCCUCAUUCCUAAGGCUGCUUCCAUUAAGGGCAGGAGCAUUGUGGACAAUAUUCUUUUGGUACAACACUUGGUUAGGGGGUAUGCUAGAAAGAGAUCACCCCCUUGCUGUAUGCUAAAGCUGGACAUCUCAAAAGCAUAUGACAAAAUCUCAUGGGAUUUCUUGAGGAAAACACUUCAGGGAAUUGGCUUCCCUCCCACCUUUGUGAAAUGGGUCAUGGUGUUGGGAAACGAGGCUUGGAUAACGCAGCGGAAAACAAAAAUUUAUAGUCCAAAACUCGAUUCCACCCAAGAACAACUUAUGGCACCUAAAUACAACAAUCUCCCACUUGCCCUAAGGCCAAUCAAGCCUUUCUCGAAUGCCCAUGGACCACGUAUGACUCUCGUGUUUAGGCUUUCCCAAAGCCUUCGUCAACGGAUUCGCGAUAUUGUCGUCUGUACCUAUCUUGCAAAUCUCAAUGUCCCCAUGUGCAACGAUUUCUCGUAUGAUGUGAUAACGUCUAACGAUGUGUUUGGUCUUCUGAGAGCCUCUGAAAGAGACUUUGCUCCACUUGUUAAUAAGGUGGAUGAACAUAUCAGAAAAUGGAAUGCCAAAACCCUAUCUGCUGUUGGAAGAUUGGAACUCAUCAGAUCUGUUAUCCAAGGAAUUGAAGGAUUUUGGUUCCAAGCUUUCCCUAUUCAUAAAUCUGUCUUGGAUAGGAUAACCUCCAUUUGUAGAACUUUCCUUUGGGGGAGCAAGUUCUGUAAGGUUGCUUGGGAGGAUAUCUGCAAGCCCAAGGAUGAAGGGGGGCUUGGUUUGAACCAGCCCAUUAUUUGGAAUCAGGCACUUUUGAGCAAGAAUCUGUGGAAUAUUGCCUCUAACAAGGAAACCCUGUGGGUGCAAUGGGUUCACUCUGUUUAUCUUGAUGGCAAUGACUUUUGGACUUGGAGCCCUGGGAAAAAGGACUCUCAUUUCUUCAAGAAACUGAUUGAAAUCAGGGACUUGCUGCUACUCAAGUGUGGGGACAGAUGGGAACUUGAAAAUCAGCUUUGUGACCUGGGUGAAAUAUCAGCUACCAAGGUAUCAUGGCUUGAGAUUGCCCCUGCCUUGUCUAACCUGGACAGAGCCCUUACCUGGCUAAGGAGACUGGGGAAUAACCAUUGCUCUAGGAGGAAGAUGACAAGGCUGGCUAUUCUCAGUACAGCCUACCACAUUUGGAUAUUAAGGAAUGAUGUGUAUUUUGACAACCAGACCAUAAAUAUUGAUGCUAUUGUGUGCAAGAUCAAGGUGGGGGUUUUUAAAAUAAUGAACAGGCACUCGAAUAAUGCCAUUGCAAGCCCUGAUGGCGGUGUCUCCCUUCGAGACACCGGUUCCACAGCCAUCACCUUCCCGCCGCAGGGAGCAUUGACUCAUUCACAAAACUGGCCUCCAAAGAGGAAACAGUUCACCUACUUAAGUACAGCCGGUCAGAGGGAAUCUGAGAACCUCACUCAGUUCCUUACCCAGUGGAAGGACGAGGUGGACAAAGUCGAAGAAAUGGAUGCUAAGACAGUCUUGUCUCUCCAGUUGAACGGGCUGCGAGCAGGGGAACUAUACAAAGAGUUCUGCCGGAAACCACCAGCCACAUAUCAAGAGACCUACCACACAACGUGGGAAUUUGCUUAGGCCGAGACCCAGCUUCGGGCAAAGAAAGAAGCUGAGCACGGUUUCAAAUCCAAGCCACUCCAAAUCAAGAGGGAAGAUGCACCAGGACAAAGCAAGACAAGGCAUCAUUAUGACUUGGUCAUUUGAGUGGUAAAUAGAGAAGAGUGCCAUGAAUUUAGGAAGGCACUGGUCAAUCCUACCGGUAACCUGGGACGUGAGUUGUUGGACACGUAUUGUUCGUACCAUAAAUCUGAUUCCCAUAA